GCGAGUCGAUAGAUGGCGACACUGCACCGAGUAAGAACACGGACCUUUUAGACCACUACACGUUGCCAGGGGACAUAUUAUAGGGACGCACACAGAGUUGUCGUCAACAUCAACAACAACUAAAGGCUGACCCGUCCGACAGAAGGACAGCUACCGCGAGCAGCUGACUGCCUCCCGCGCGUCCAUACAGCGUCGUGCCCGCUUCGCUCUGAGCGGCAGCGACACGCACCAGUCAGGCAUGAACGUGAACCAGGGCACGGUGGGCAGCGACCCGGUCAUCCUGGCCACGGCCGGCUACGACCACACCGUCCGCUUCUGGCAGGCCCACAGCGGCAUCUGCACCAGGACGGUCCAGCACCAGGACUCUCAAGUAAAUUCACUUGAGGUGACACCGGACAGGAGUAUGAUCGCGGCUGCAGGUUAUCAGCACAUCCGCAUGUAUGACCUCAACUCCAACAACCCCAACCCGGUGAUCAACUACGACGGAGUGAGCAAGAACAUCACGUCGGUGGGAUUUCAUGAAGAUGGACGCUGGAUGUACACAGGGGGAGAGGACUGCAUGGCUCGCAUCUGGGACCUGAGGUCAAGAAAUCUGCAGUGUCAGAGGAUUUUCCAAGUCAACGCUCCAAUCAACUGUGUGUGCCUGCAUCCUAACCAGGCAGAGCUGAUUGUUGGAGACCAGAGUGGAGUGAUCCAUAUCUGGGAUCUCAAGACUGACCACAAUGAACAGCUGAUUCCUGAGCCUGAGGUCUCGAUCAACUCGGUCCACAUCGACCCAGAUGCCAGUUACAUGGCAGCCGUCAACAGCUCGGGAAACUGUUAUGUGUGGAAUCUUGCUGGAGGCAUCGGAGACGAAGUGACUCAGCUCAUUCCCAAAACUAAGAUCCCGGCACACAAGCGCUACUCCCUACGCUGCAAGUUCAGUCCUGAUUCAACACUACUUGCCACCUGCUCAGCAGAUCAGACCUGUAAGAUCUGGAGAACGUCCAAUUUCUCACUCAUGACCGAACUGAGCAUCAAGAGUAACAAUCCCGGAGAGACGUCGAGAGGGUGGAUGUGGGACUGUGCCUUCUCCGGAGACUCUCAGUACAUCGUGACUGCAUCCUCUGACAACCUGGCUCGCCUGUGGUGUGUGGAAACCGGGGAGAUCAAGAGGGAGUACAGCGGCCACCAGAAGGCUGUGGUGUGUCUGGCCUUCAAUGACAGUGUGCUGGGCUGAGGCGGAGGAGGAAGGAGAUGAAGUGACAAGGCGUGGCAGACAGUCGCUGCAGGGGUGGCAAAGGACUCCUUGGAAGAUGUGACUCAAUUCCCAGACCUUGCAUGUCUGUUGGCAUCAAUGGGAAUUUUUAAAAAGUUCUCCCUGAAAUUAUCAUCUUCCAAAAGCAAAGGCUUGUUUGAACAUAAUGAUGACUCUUCCUGCCAGAUGCCUGUAGGUAUUCAAUUAUGGACUUACGGUUGAAGUCUGAUUGAAAAUACAUGUGGUUUUUAUCAACUAACCUACAGGUUUGAACUGCAUCGCUCAUAUUCACAAACCAAACCAAUUUUCAAGUCUUUGUUUUUAAUAGUACACCAUAUUUAUUGAAUCAAAAGGACCACAUUAUUCAUUACCUUCAUGCUUGGAAUAGUCUUGCAAGUGAUUAAUCUCUCAUAUUUCAUGUAUAAUUCCUUUAAUACUCUUUAUUUAAAGUCAAGUUGUAAGGUGUACUUUCUUCACGAUGUGGAUUAGCAUGUGUUAAGAGUAAAUGAUCACGGAGUGUAAAGUAAAUCCUUUCUGUUCUUUGA